GUGUGGGUCACGUGGUGCGCUCCCUUUCCGGCCCAGCAGGCUGCCUGGCUGGGCGUACGGAGCCACCCGCCGCCGCCCUGUGAGGAGACGCUGCUGCCCCCGCCGCCAUCAUGCCGGUGUAUUUCCAGCGGCCCGAGAAUGCCCUGAAGCGGGCGAACGAAUUUCUUGAGGUUGGCAAGAAACAACCUGCCCUUGAUGUUCUUUAUGAUGUUAUGAAAAGCAAAAAACAUCGAACAUGGCAAAAAAUCCACGAGCCGAUUAUGCUGAAGUAUCUGGAGCUCUGCGUGGACCUCCGCAAGAGCCACCUGGCAAAGGAAGGAUUGUAUCAGUACAAGAAUAUUUGCCAGCAGGUGAACAUCAAAUCCUUGGAGGAUGUUGUUCGAGCCUAUUUGAAACUAGCUGAAGAAAAAACGGAAGCUGCCAAGGAAGAGUCCCAGCAGAUGGUGCUAGAUAUAGAAGACUUGGAUAAUAUUCAAACUCCAGAGAGUGUUCUCUUAAGUGCUGUAAGUGGGGAAGACACUCAAGAUCGUACAGAUCGGCUGCUUUUGACUCCCUGGGUUAAAUUUCUAUGGGAAUCAUACAGACAGUGUUUGGACCUUCUUCGAAACAAUUCUAGAGUGGAACGCCUCUACCAUGAUAUUGCACAGCAAGCUUUUAAGUUCUGCUUGCAGUACACUCGUAAGGCUGAGUUCCGUAAACUCUGCGAUAACCUGAGGAUGCAUUUAGGGCAGAUCCAACGCCACCAUAACCAAAGUACAGCAAUUAACCUCAGUAAUCCUGAGAGCCAGUCUAUGCACUUGGAGACAAGGCUUGUACAGCUGGACAGUGCUAUUAGCAUGGAAUUGUGGCAGGAAGCUUUCAAAGCAGUGGAGGAUAUUCAUGGGCUAUUCUCCUUGUCUAAGAAACCACCCAAGCCCCAGCUGAUGGCAAAUUACUAUCACAAAGUUUCCACUGUCUUCUGGAAAUCAGGAAAUGCGCUUUUCCAUGCAUCCACACUUCACCGACUGUAUCACCUGUCAAGAGAAAUGCGAAAGAAUCUCACACAAGAGGAGAUGCAGAGGAUGUCAACCCGAGUCCUUUUGGCUACUUUGUCAAUUCCUAUAACUCCUGAGCGAACUGAUAUUGCUCGUCUUCUGGAUAUGGAUGGUAUCAUCGUUGAAAAGCAGCGACGUCUGGCCACGCUGCUGGGCCUCCAGGCCCCACCUACACGCAUCAGUCUUAUUAAUGACAUGGUGAGGUUCAAUGUAGUGCAGCAUGUUGUUCCGGAGGUGAAGGAACUUUACAAUUGGCUUGAAGUAGAUUUCCACCCGCUAAAGCUAUGUGAUCGUGUAACCAAGGUUCUAAACUGGGUGAGAGAUCAAGUUGAAAAGGAACCUGAAUUGCAGCUGUAUGUCCCACAUCUGCAAAACAACACCAUCCUUCGUCUUCUGCAGCAGGUGGCGCAGAUUUAUCAGACCAUCGACUUUUCUCGUUUAACUACCUUGGUUCCUUUUGUUGAUGCUUUCCAAUUAGAACGUGCUAUUGUCGAUGCAGCCAGACAUUGUGACUUGCAAGUUCGCCUUGAUCAUACGUCUCGAACGCUGAGCUUUGGAUCAGAUUUAAAUUAUUCAACUCGGGAAGAUGCCCCGCUUGGCCCUCAGCUGCAAAGUAUGCCUUCUGAGCAAAUUAGAAAUCAGCUGACUGCUAUGUCCUCUGCUCUCGCUAAGGCUCUUGAAGUCAUUAAACCGCCAAACAUAGUGCAAGAGAAGGAAGAACAACAUCAGUUAGCUGUCACUGCUUACUUAAAAAAUUCAAGGAAAGAGCAUCAGCGUAUCCUUGCUCGUCGUCAAACUAUAGAGGAGAGAAAGGAGCGUCUUGAAAGUCUAAACAUUCAGCGUGAGAAAGAAGAGUUGGAACAGCGUGAAGCUGAACUUCAAAAAGUUCGUAAAGCUGAAGAAGAGAGACUGCGCCAGGAGGCAAAAGAGAGAGAGAAGGAGCGUAUUCUGCAAGAACAUGAGCAAAUCAAAAAGAAAACUGUUCGUGAACGCUUGGAGCAGAUUAAGAAGACUGAACUGGGAGCCAAGGCAUUCAAAGAUAUUGAUAUUGAGGAUCUUGAAGAAUUGGACCCUGACUUCAUCAUGGCUAAACAGGUUGAACAGCUGGAGAAAGAAAAGAAGGAACUCCAAGAACGUCUGAAGAAUCAGGAAAAGAAGAUUGACUAUUUUGAAAGAGCAAAGCGCUUGGAAGAAAUUCCUCUGAUAAAGACUGCCUAUGAAGAACAAAGAGUCCGAGAUAUGGACCUGUGGGAACAGCAAGAAGAAGAAAGGAUCACCACAAUGCAGCUGGAACGCGAAAAAGCCUUGGAGCAUAAGAACAGGAUGUCAAGGAUGUUGGAGGAUAAAGACUUAUUUGUAUCUAGGCUCAAGGCAGCACGACAAUCCAUUUAUCAGGAAAAACUCAAACAGUUUGAAGAAAGGUUAGCAGAAGAAAGACAUAACCGUUUGGAGGAACGUAAGAGACAACGCAAAGAAGAGAGGCGUAUUUCUUAUUACAGAGAAAAGGAGGAGGAAGAGCAGAGAUUGCAAGAAGAAAAAAUGCUUAAAGAGCUCGAAGAGAAGGAACGUGUUGAGCGUGAAAAACGUGAGCAGGAACAGCGUGAAUACCAGGAGCGUGUCAGAAAACUAGAAGAAGUAGAGAGGAAAAAACGUCAAAGAGAGCAGGAAAUUGAAGAGAGGGAGCGUCGCAGAGAAGAGGAGAGGAGGGGUCUUGAUGACCCACUUUCAAGAAGGGAAUCUCGUUGGGGUGAUAGAGAUGCUGACAACACCUGGAGACGAACAGCUGAGCCAGAAUCUGAAUGGAGACGAGCACCACCAGAGAGGGAAUGGCGCCGUGGAGAAGGGCGUGAUGAUGAAAGACCUUUCCGAAGAGGAGAUGAUCUACUUAGACGUGGUGGUGCUGAAGAGAAAGAGCCUUCUUCCCGGGAAGCAAAUGAAGACCGAGCCCCCAAGCGGGAUGUGGAAGAGGACGGGGAACCCAGGCGGGGCAUGGACGAGGAUGGGGAACCCAGGCGGGACGAGGAUAGGGAACCCAGGCGGGAUGAGGAUGGGGAACCCAAGCGGGAUGAGGACGUGGAACCCAGGCGGGGCAUGGACGAGGAUGGGGGACCUAGGCGGGGCGUAGAUCAGGACAGAGGGAGUUGGCGCACUGCAGAUGACGACAGGGGGCCCAGGCGUGGCCUGGAUGACGACAGGGGGCCCAGGCGUGGCCUGGAUGACGACAGGGGGCCCAGGCGUGGCCUGGAUGACGACAGGGGGAAUUGGCGCACUGCAGAUGAGGAUAGGGGUCCCAGGCGCGGGCUGGAUGAGGAUAGGGGUCCCAGGCGCGGGCUGGAUGAGGAUAGGGGGAGUUGGCGCACUGCAGAUGACAACAGGGGACCCAGGCGGGGCUUGGAUGACGACAGGGGACCCAGGCGGGGCUUGGAUGACGACAGGGGACCCAGGCGCGGUCUGGAUGACGACAGGGGACCCAGGCGGGGUCUGGAUGACGACAGGGGGAGUUGGCGCACUGCAGAUGAUGACAGGGGACCUAGGCGUGGUCUGGAUGACGACAGGGGACCUAGGCGGGGUCUGGAUGAUGACAGAAUUUCCAGACGAGAUGAAGACAGAGGCCCCUGGCGUAGUGCAGAUGAGGAUCGACUCUCAAGACGUGAUGAAGACAGAGGUCCAUGGCGUGGUGGGGAUGAUGACAGAGGGCCCAGGCGUGGUGAUGAUUCAAGACCUGGUCCUUGGAGACCAUUUGGUAAACCAGGUGGAUGGAGAGAACGAGAGAAAGCUCGUGAAGACAGCUGGGGACCCCCGCGAGACUCCAGACCUUCGGAAGACCGUGAGUUGGAUAGAGAUAAAGAUAUUGAUGAAAACGAAAAGGAUCGCGAGUUUGACAAAGAUCGUGACCUUGAUCGGGAUGAUCGCUUCAGACGUCCAAGGGAUGAGGCUGGCUGGAGAAGAGGACCAGCUGAGGAAGUUUCCAGCUGGAGAGAUUCAAGUCGUCGAGACGAAUGGGAUAGAGGUGGUCGUGACAUGAGAGAUGACCGGGGUGGUCGUGACCUGAGAGAUCGGCGUGCUGAUGAUAGAGAUAGAAGAGGACCUCCAAUCAGAACAGAUCGUGAAGAAACGAGUUCAUGGCGGCGUGGUGACGACAGAAAAGAAGAACGUGGGGAAGAGCGUGAAACUAUCCGGCGAGCUGCUCCGGCUCCAGCUCCUACUCCUGUUCCUGCUGCUGCUCCCGCUGCUGCUGCUCCUCCUAUUUCAAAAGAUAGGGAGAGGGAUGCAGAGAGCGAGAAGGGGUCCUGGAGAACAGAAAAAGAACGAGAAUCUCUUCGUCGCACUAAAAAUGAAACAGAUGAAGAUGGAUGGACCACUGUACGACGUUAAUUCAAAAACUAAACACAGUUUAAACAGGUGUUUUAGGGUUGAUUUGAGCAAAUCCACAGAUUAUUAUAUUUGUGCUUUAUAAACAUUCGGAAUUGGUAUUCUUUGACAAAUGUUUUGAGAUAACAUAAAAGCAUGAGCCUGUAUUACUUACUCAUAUAUAGAUUGAUCAUGCACAAAACUAGCAGCAGAAGGUUGGAAAUUGAAUGCCAGUUUCUGAUGUGACAAAUGUUGCAUAUUUCACAGAUCACUUGUUGCUAAAAUAAAAAUGUGAACUCUGUAGCUAUCUUGAGCAACACUUAUAUCUCAAACUAAAACAAAUGGAUCUUUUUUUAAAAUAUAUAAUUCUUAAUUUGGAAUGGGGUAUGAUUUAUAUCACCGAACAUGCAGUUGAAAACACAUCUCACAUAAAAUGGUCACAUUAUUGAAAAGAUGGAGCUGGAUUAAUUUCCAUAAUUGGCCAAGAUCAACUAUAAAAACCCUUCCCCUACUGAGGUAUUUUUGAGGGCAAGAGGUUUUUGUGAGGUAUUUUAUCAUCUGAAUUCAGUAAGUUGUUUAAAUUUAAAUAAAUUACAAUAAACAUUCUGAACAUUAGCUACACUGGGAUAUUUUCUAUGAUUUUACUUGAAUGCAUAUGAAACCAUUUUGCAGUCGUUCUAAGAAGGAAUAUUGCUGCAGUGUGAAACAACAAAACAUCAUUAGACUUUAGAACUCAAGCGUUAUGGUCCACAUACUGCUGAGUAUUUUGUUUUGCCAAUAGCAUAACUGCUUAUUCCAUUACUGGAUAAUUCAUGCCUUUCAAGCAUUUAUAAAUAUUGUCAUAUUUAAAAUGUGUGGUUUUGGAGGAAUUGUUCAGAUUUUUUUCCCCAACUUUGUCUUCAGGAUAAAUGCUUUCCUUUUCAACAAGUGCUUUGUAGUAAUGGCUGUGUUGACUGACUUCAAUUUUGGGGUGCAGUAACAAUGUUAAUCAUUAACUAUCUGGUCUUAUUGAAGCCAACACAGAAUUUGCUGCUGUGUUUCUCUUCAAUGAUAAAUAAACAACUUAUAGAAAUAG